AUGGCCCGAUGGAUGAAGUGCGCAACUAGGAAUGGAAGGCACCGCAUCCUUGAACGUCCACGAAAUGACCUUGGCGCCCCUCCCCAAUCAAGAUUAUCUAAACGAUCCGGGAUUGGACAUCGUGGGAGGAUGGGAGAAUGGAGAUUGGAUCCUCCUUCACUCUUUUCAAUAAAUACUACAAUCUCCAUUCACAUCUAUGUAAGGUGGAUCGGAAAGUUGGAUCAAAGAUUGCAAUGGCGCGAGGAUCAGGAUGAAGAUAAACAGGGAGUAAAUGAGCGAAACAAUGUUGAGCUAAAGCUACCAUACUGGAUAUUGUGUGAGGAUCCGAGUUGA